CCCUGCUACCUGUAAGACAAGUGGCAGGGCAGACCAGUCAUUAUUUACCCCUGCUGCCUGUAAGACCAGCGGCAGGGCAGAGCAGUCGUCGUUUACCCCCGCUGCCUGUAAGACCUCCCGCAGGGCAGAGCAGCUGCUUCCUGCCGCAGCCUCAGACCGGGCCGCUGGAUCACAUGAUGGAUGUACGCUGGUUAGCAUAGCGAGCUAACACGCUAGCGUCGGUUGUCAGAGCCGCUGUCAACACGCACCACAGCCGGAGACGGAGUCGCCCUCACCGGAUCAACAACCGCCUGGAAACCUCCGUCGUCUAUGAAAACACGCACACGGACAAAGGUGACUGACUGAUAAGAUGCAGGGGACAUUGGACCGGAGCAGAGGACUCAGGGGCAUAGUGGAAAGAGAGUUGUCUUCUUUUCUCCUCGCGCUCUUCAAGAUAUCAAGUCAUUAAACCUCAGCCCAGUGACUCACGGUGGUUUUGGCAUCAGGGCUCAUCGCUCCAGCAAGUCGUCCGUCGGCGCGGGGACAUUGACAGACUGAGGCUGUGGACUCGCGUGGGGAAGAUGCAUCGGCGGUAAAUAAGACAUCGACUUCAGAGGUGCACGUUGGUUUCGUAAUGACAAACUGUUGUGCAGAAGAUGUCCACGCUGUCUGUGACUGAUAUCCCAGAUGUUGGUCAUGAUGAGAGUAAGGUGUUUGAAGGGGCCUCUGAGCUGCAGCUGGACUGCAUGGUUGAGGAGAGCAGUGGAGGCGCCACAGUGAAGCGCGGCGGCCUGCUGUCGCUCGCUGACCUCUCCCAGCCUGAUGACUUCCAUGCCCCCCCUCACAACGGCCCUUCACUGACCGAGAUGAGCAGCCCCCUGCCGGUCGAGACGAGUGACAUCAAGCUGGACCCAGCUGCUGGGGACACGUCCGGCAGCAGCAUAGAUGGUCAGCCCGUGAAGAGGAAGAAGGGGCCGGCUCCGAAGAUGUUGGGCAAUGAGGUGUGCAGCGUGUGUGGUGACAAGGCCUCGGGUUUCCAUUACAACGUGUUGAGCUGUGAAGGCUGCAAGGGCUUCUUCCGACGCAGCGUCAUCAAAAGUGCCCAGUACUCCUGCAAGAACAACGGGCGCUGUGAAAUGGACAUGUACAUGCGCCGCAAGUGCCAGCAGUGUCGCCUGCGCAAGUGUCGGGAGGCCGGCAUGUUGGAGCAGUGUGAGUUGUCCUUUUACCAAAAGGCUCAAAGAUAUAGAAAAUGUGUCCUCUCUGAGGAGCAAAUCAGAUUAAAGAAGAUGAAGAAGCAGCAUGAUGAGGACGCGGCCCGCACGUCCACCGUGGUCACGCCCACGCCUCCGCAGGAAGUGGCCACGCUGGAUCCUCAGCAGCUGGAGAUGAUCGAGAAGCUGGUGACCAUGCAGAAGCAAUGCAACAAGAGAUCUUUCCUCGAACGACCAAAAGUCACGCCGUGGCCUCAGAGUCAGGACUUGCAGAACCGAGAAGUGCGUCAGCAGCGGUUCGCCCACUUCACCGAGCUCGCCAUCAUGUCAGUCCAGGAGAUCGUGGAUUUUGCGAAGCAGCUUCCUGGUUUCCUGGAGCUCACGAGGGAGGAUCAGAUCGCUCUGCUGAAGACGUCCACCAUCGAGAUCAUGCUGCUGGAGACGUCACGCCGGUACAACCCUGCUAUUGACAGCAUCACGUUUCUGAAGGAUUUCAGUUAUAAUAAGGAGGAUUUCGCAAAAGCAGGGCUUCAGUUAGAGUUCAUCAACCCCAUCUUUGAGUUUUCAAAAGGAAUGAAUGACCUGCACUUGGACGAGGCCGAAUAUGCUCUGCUCAUCGCUAUCAACAUCUUCUCUGCAGAUCGACCAAAUGUGCAGGAUCAUGAUUUGGUGGAGCGGCUGCAGCAGCCCUACGUGGACGCACUGCGCUCUUACAUCAUGAUCAAGAGACCGCAUGAUCACUUGAUGUUCCCCCGCAUGCUGAUGAAGCUGGUGAGCCUCCGCACGCUGAGCAGCGUCCACUCGGAGCAGGUCUUUGCCCUUCGCCUCCAGGACAAGAAGCUUCCCCCGCUGCUCUCGGAAAUCUGGGACGUCAACGAGUGACUGCGAACCUAGUGUCGCACUCCUGUGGCUUUUAAAGUCCGAGACUGACACGGCAUCCAGCAGGGACACGGACCUCUUCCCGCACGGACUGGUUUAAGCCGUUGAGAUUUAAUUUUCUCGUGGCAGGAGAGCAUCAUUGCCCUUCGCUCUCACACAGACUGCUGAACGGUUUUGUGUUCAUGAGAAGAAACGUGGACACUUACUUUUUUCUUCGAGCCUUUUGUUGUUCUUCCUCUUGUGUAGAUGCUGACAUGAUUGUGGCAAUAUUGAACACCAGCAUCAGGCUCCGAAGCCAUUUAUCUGAUUUAAUAUUUGUUGAAAGUCUCUCUAGUGCAGUUCUGUACUCAUCCUCUAACAAUCAUCAGAAGGUUUGGAUCAGGUUUGAGCUGUUUUCCGUUUUACAGCUGAAGUUUUGGUCUGAAAAACAGGGAUUUGCAGACGUGCAAUAGGUGGAACCGGAUACAGAGUUGAGCUCCGGCAGAUUCGUAUCUGAUAUUCACGUUAUUGAUGUUGGGGUGAAGCAGUAGGUCACCUGGACGGUAUUGUGCAUCGUGAUAUGGCAACAAAUAGUUUGUUCUCUUUGAUGUCAGUUCAGAAAUCAAACGUUUGGUGUAGUCGCUCAGGUAAAGUAAUGUGAAGUACACCUCUGGGAAUCGGGGGAGGGGGGCGCUUCUUUAAUUUCUAAGAGAGGACUUGAGUUUUCUUCCAAGUGCAUAAGGGACCCUUUUGGUCAUUUAUAGAUGCCCAUAAAACUUUCAUGUAAAUUGUAUAUUUAUUUUCACAGGACAAAAGUGUUGUAGUUCAGUGCACACAGGGGAAGUUUCCACGAGAUUGUACAAUCACAAACCAACGCACAAGAAAGUCAAACUGCAGGUGACAGAGAGACCGUGCCCUCGUUGACAGGAAAUGGUGAAGUGACACAUUUUCUCUAUUUUCAACACAGCGCACUGGUACCUCGAAAUAGACGAGUGUCUUCAAAUUCCGUGUAAAGAUGAAGAGUUGGUUUAAAAAAAGGAAGUCAAUCUCCUCCGAUAAGUUUAAAAACCCCUCCCUCACAAAGUUUAUGUUCAUGAAUCAAUAUAGAAAGAACCUCUAUUAACACCUAAUUCAUCAUGAUGUAUAUGUAAGAAGUUUCUUUUAUUCAUUUCAUACUUAAACCGUACAAUCAUUUUCAUAUUUGGAUAUAGGCUAAUCAUCGUGACAGUUUGAACAGGAUACAUAGAAAUUAGCUGCCUUUUAAUUUUGAUAAUAUACGAAUGAUACUGAUAAAAAAAACCAUCUGUGACUGAAUACACAUUAGAAAAACAAGGUCUACCGUCGUCUGAGUAUCCUCCUUGAACUGCUACUCGACACAAACAGCUUUAACUGGUCAGACUUUUUCAAAGCCUUCUUUAAAAGAAAAAUCUACGUCGACGUGGAGCAGAGGACAUCAGGAAAUGAAUAGAAACAUUUUUAAUUGUCGUAACUGCAGAGAUCUAGAUGUUUAUAUUCAUUCUGUGAUUUUCAGGCAUUUCUCCUGUGGAGUGCAAACUUAAAAUGCUGCGUAACAGUCGAUAGAGGAAUUUAAAUGUAAAUACAUAGUUGUGAUGUUUAUUCUGGCUUUAAAAAAAAGAAACUGGACGAGACGGUGCUACUGCAGCGUGUUUGCUGUCUGUGUGGAGCUACUUACAAGUAUCAACAUUAGACUUUCAGCUUUUUGUUGAGCUUUUUUAAUCAUGUUCAGAGACAGUUUCUUUUGGCUUUUGUUAAAUAAAUGAGCUUUUAACAGCUAAAAUGGGACGAUGAUUCUUCACAUGAGCAGAUAAAACCGAACUGUCAUUGUCAAAUAGGUGAAAGCCGUGUGGUUACAGGGGCAUCAGGCAGGAUGAGGUUUCAUUUGAUCUGAAUUGGUCUCGUAAAGCACUUGGUGACAGAUGAAUUGAAUUGCAGACUUUUUCUAUUUCUAUUUGUACGUAAAGUACCAACAUGUCUGUUUGCAUCGUGUUUGUUUCAGUUAAAAACCUCCUUAAUGGUCAAAUCAUUCUUUAAAUCAUCCUUUUCUCACAGCAGAUAUUUUUGGCAUGCUGCAGUAGUAGAAACACGCGUGUUGCUUAUAACAUUAACAAUGACAUCAUCAACGUUCUACUGUGACUUGUUAAAAUGUCUUGUCUGAAAAGGAUUCUACUGUUUCAUGUCCCUCCCCGUUGCACAGGAGAGGAGUGUGUGUGUGUCUUUGAAACCCAGUCUGAAGAGAUCAAUGGAAAAACCACAGGAUUCACUGAUCCACUCGUAUCAUGGAAAAAAACAUAGACCUCUGUGUAAACUGCCAUUCAAUCCAUCUGUGAUAUAUAUACAAUUGAUUCUUUUCAUUUGAUUGAUUAAAUGACAAAAUGGCCAAUUGAGCAGCAUGUGAAUGGAAAAAAACCCUCCUGGUUGGUUGAUUGAAUUCAAACAUGCUUGUUUUAACAGUGGGAUGAUUUUCAAGCUGCAGAGUCGUCACAGUUAAAGCAGCUUUAGUUCAUACAGGUGGACUCAAGACAUCUACAGCUCCAUGCCCAUGUGCUGCACUGUUCAUCUGACAUCACAAACUUUGUCCCUAAACUUAAUUUCAGUCUGACGUGUAAAAAUAAUUUCUUGAGGAUCACUUUCAUUCGGCACUAACACACGGUGACCUGGCAAAAUAUGACCAUGUAUUGUAUGAAGCCUUCUGCCUUCCCUCUCAAAAACCUGGUUUUGUUUUUUAUUAAUAGCCUCAAAAUGGGAACACAUUUGUUUGUAAUGGAUUUUCUGACACCCCCUCUCUAACAUUUGUAUUAAUGUUUUUGGAUUUGUUUUUGACAGAUGGAUCGAUAAUUAAAAGAAGCAGAUUAUAAGUGAUUUGUUUCAGUUCUGCAAAACUUAACUUUGGGUUUCAGUGAAAUGUAAAGUUUGCCAUUUUGGUUUCUGGUUUGCUGUUUGAGGCCAAAUACUUCAAACCACUGAAUUUAAAAGGAGCCUUUGCAAGUUUCCCACCAUGUUCUAAUGACCCACAGGUCAACGGACACAAAUGUUCUCGUGUUGUACUCGAAUCAAGUUGUUGGCUCUGAAAUCUUUGUUUCUUGGUGUACAUGUUAUGUUAAUGAUGUAGGUAUCAGUUAAUUUUGCUGUAUAUACUGUAAGUGACAUCUGAUCUCAUUUAAUUCCUGUCCUCAAAGGGUGACACUAAACAAUAUUGAUAUAUAGAAAUGCAAACCUAUUUUAAUACUUGUAACUCCUGAAGACCUUCUGUUUUGUAUGUACAGUAUAAAUUAAAGCUAUGCUGUAGUGCU